GUCCCCUGUUGUUUCGGAGGACUGUGGACUACACUAAAAUAGUGGUGCACAGAGUGACUGCUCUAGACGGCCAAACGUACCACAUGCUCUUCAUUGGGACAGAUGACGGUUGGCUUCAGAGAGGAGUAGAAGUUAAAGGUCAGCUUCACAUUAUUGAAGAGCUGCAGCUGUUUGAGGAGCCACAGCCUGUGAACAGUAUAGUCAUCUCUCAGAAACAGAUGAGUGUGUAUGUGGGCUCACCCUCUGGUGUUGUGCAGCUGCCCUUGUCCACAUGUCACAGAUAUAUGUCCUGCAUUGAUUGCAUGCUAGCUCGGGACCCUUUCUGUGCUUGGGAUGGGGCUGAUUGUGUGGAGAUCACCUCACACACAGACAGAUCCAAUCUGACUCAAGACAUCCUUAAUGGGAAUGAAAGCUGUGCAAGAUCUGCAGCAGAUGACAUGGUUCUCUAUCGUAUUCGCUCAGUGAUGGCAGGGGAUGAUGUGCUUCUGCAAUGUGAGCUCAGCUCCAAUCUCGCAACCCCAGAGUGGACGAGGAAUAAGCAGCAGCUGCAGGGUUAUGGGCUGAACUCAGGCUAUCGCAUUGGCACUGAUGGCUUGCUGGUGAUUGAGGCAAGACCAGAGCACAGUGGCAACUAUAGCUGCUUCGCCUUGGAGAACGGCAUCCGCAUCCAUGCAGUGAUCUACACUUUGAUUGUGCAACAAUACCUACCGCUGCCACCCCACUCAACUCUCCAACCCCAAAACAACAGCAAUCCAGCACCGGUGCUGCCCAUUCCCCUUCCCCCACAGUUUCAGGCCAUGAGGAACAUGGAGGCCAUGUAUAUCUCUUUGAUCACCAUCCUGGGUGGAUUAUGCCUGGUGCUGACUGUAGUGCUAUUGUACGUGGGUUUCUGCGUGCAAAGCAAACGGGGGAAGUACUCUGUCCGGGCAGCAGCCCAAGUUGACAGAAAGAAGGGGAAUGAUCGCAUGGAGCUAAAGACCAUCUCCAGCCACUGUAACGGGAAAGUAAACGCACACGAUGGACUGCUACAGAUCGUUCCCGGAGAGGCCCAGGUUUCCUCUAGUAAAGAACUUCCUCCUGCACCUCCACUUCCUCCACCUCUACCAAGCUCUGAGUUGGACUACACCAAUGGGUUCUCAGCCACACUGCCCAGCGUCUUACGCAAAAUGAACGGCAAUAGUUACGUGUUACUCCAACAAACUGACGGAGACGCCACGUCUCCACUGUAUUACUCUUACUCUUUCACUGAGGAGCUCAACCAGAUUCUGGAAAAAAGGAAGCACACGCGGCUGUGUAGCAAACCUGACGAGAGUUCAGUAUAACACUUCAGAAGCAAUACAGUACCUGCAUAAAGGUCUGAAAGGAUUUGGUUUCAGCUACAGCCUAUAUUGCAUACAAACUGAAAUGGAUAAUAGGCUGGCAGAUGAAAGAUUUUGUUUUAUACUUUCCUGUCUCGUCACAUUUUUAAAAAAAAUUCAUCUCUUAUUUUGAAGAGAAUGGAUUCACUGAACAUGAAAAACAAGAACAGAACAAAAGUAGUGACACAAACACAAUGCAUAAUCUACCUCGGAAGAUUGUUGCUACAAUAAUGGCACUGUGUUCCACUGGGAGUGUGAAAUGGGAGGUGCUGAGGAGCCACAAGUACUUCACGGAGGAAAACAACAGGACAGGAACAUGCAGAGUUACGGACUUAUAUGCUUCGUUGUCUAAAGGAACUGCCGGCUGUAGUCUAAUUUCAGAAAAAAAAAAAAAGUUUUAAUCUGGAUGUGGCUGCUUUUGAGCAAUACUGCUGAACUGCACUAAAUGUUGAUAUUUUCUGUUGAGAUAAUCUGCUAUUUAUGUCACUCACCACUGUAUACACUGACGAUUCAAAUAACUGCAUUUAAUGCACCUGGGAACACUGACACUAACAUUAUGACUUCAGUUUUUAUAGCUUGAUUUUUGAACACAUGAGAGUUAUAGUAUUAACUACUAGGAUGCACUUUAAGAGCAAAAAGCAUUUGUUGUAAAUGAUGUUUGUUCUGAAAGAGAUGGCGCGUGCUGAGCGUAUCAAAAUGGAAAUCCUGGUUCUGUAGGAUAAAUUGAGGAUUCUUCAAAAAUCAACAUCAUUACUGAGUCAGAGUCACAUGCUUUACUAACCACUACAUGAACUGAAGGUGUUUAUAAAGAAGACACUAAUAAGACAUUCCACAAUUCAUAACCCAGAUAAAAUGAAUUGUAAACCGGAAUUCUUCUCUGGUUCCGAGUCGCUGUGUGCCUCAUGUGGUUAGCUUAUGACUGAGUGUUGGAGCAUUUUCCCAUCUGAUGUCACUGGAACUUCAGGAAGACUGAACCUGCCAGUUAACCGUGACGACAGAGAAGCAGAGGUAAGCUGAUGUUGAUUUUCUGCGAGUGUUGACCUGAGAGAACCAAUUGUAGCCCGUCCUUCCUACAGGCUUUUUAAUCUUAAGAGGGAAAGGUGAACUAGAACAAAACAGUAAUGACAAGUUGGAUUCUAUGGACAGGAAUUACUACUAUGCUUAAAAUGGCUGAGAAGUAAACACUCUUACAAAAAUGUGUGCUUAUAGGAGAAUGAAUACUGUUCUAAUUUGGUUUGGAUAGUUAAUCAAAUUUGUUCUAGGAAAUGUAUUUAUUGCAUAAUUGGAUGAGUAUCGGUUUGGCCUCUCUUCUGCUCUAAUCAGAGAGAGGGAGAGAGAGAGAGAGAGAGAGAGAUAAGAGCAGCUCAGCUAUUUCUGAGGAGAUGCACAGAUUGCAGGAACGGGAAGACGAAAACAUCAAGGCCAUAGGUUCAGGACACAGCUGAGAUUAGCUAUGCUGAUCCAUCUUUUUCUAUUUUUCUCUCUCUUUCUCUCCCUCCCUUUUCUCUUUCUUGUGUGUGUGUGUGUGUGUUUGUUUCCCCUUAAAGUUUAUUAAAUCCACCAUCAAUUACUUUUUUUUUUUCCCAAAUGUCUCCGGUUUUGUCCUCCUAUCACCCUCUCGGCCAGCCUCUCUGUCCUCUAAAUCUCACAUCUACUUAUCUCACAAAUUGCUCCCAAAUGUGUGCAUGCACCAUGCUCUCUCAGGCCCAUGAGCUGGUUGUUCAGGCACCACAUGUGAUGUUUGACAUCCCCCAGAUCCAGCUUGGUAGUGAGAAAGAUGUGUGAGAUUGCAUCUAGCAUUCCAGGACAUGACUAUCUUGAAUGUGGUCUUAAUUCAAAACAAUGGCAGGAGAAACUACGCCACAUUUUAAAGAAAAUGAAAAAGAACAGAGAGACUGUUUAAGAAAGGGUCAUUAGACAGAUUUAGCUGCAGUUUGUCAAUAAUUAGGUAAAGGAGUGUUACAGGAAACAUGCAGAACUGAGUGGAUAUUCCCAAAGCAUUUACUCACAUUAUAUUCUAGGUCUGCCUGUGUGAGUUAUUCUAAGCAUGACACUGAGGCCCUGUCCACACGGCAACGGAUUCAGGUGAAUCUGAUAAAAUUGUUUAGCGUUUCGGCCUGGCGUCCACACGGCACCGGCGUUUUGGGUGCCCCAAAACGAAAUCUUUUGAGAACGGGUUCCAGAGUGGAAAAAUCUGGCAACGGCGCCGUUGCGAAGUCGUCUGGAUGAGUAGAACGGAUUUGUUUAUGAUGAUGUCACAACCACAUGACUGUCAGUGCUUCACGCCGGGUAGAAGUGUAACGAACUUGAUGCGAGUUGUCAACAAAUCCUAUAACUUGGUUCAUGAAACGCGCUUACAAAAUAUUUUCACUGUGAAUAUUUAUUGUGUAAUGGUGCAAAGUGAGAGAGAGAGAGAGAGAGAGAGAGAGAGAGAAUAGCCCUUAGGGCAGAGUCUUUAGUCCAAACACUGCGUAAGCAGUAUGACCAAAAUCACGCACCGCCCGUGCGCUUUCCAAAAACAAAAACAAUCCCGCCAGCAAAAAUAGGAAAAAAAACGGAGCGAUCUCACCUCUUCAGAUGUUGGUUUAAGUCCGACAAUACAUUCCUCAUAAAGGGCGUAGAAGAACAAAGUAAUCCAUCAACGUGUAGCAACGUGGGAGCAAUUUAUUCCGGACCAUUAAAGAAUUCUGGAGGAUAUCAGAAUGUUGGCGUACCGGCUUCCAUCUACCCCCGUUCAUUCCUCUUUCUGCGUCUUUCGUUUUACGCUACUGAUUAAUAAUCAAAACUUUAUGUGGCUGAUGCUACAGAAGAAGGGGUUUAUGCACAUGCGUCUACUUCUUCUAUUGUUCUGGUGUCUCCGAUGGGACCGUCUUACAGUGCACGUAGAGGUGUGGCAUGUGGAUUGCAUCGUUUUCAGCAAGUGUUGCGUUGCCAUAUGUACCUGAUAUUUUACUGAUCCGUUGCCCAUGUGGACACGGUAUUUUUUAAAAAAAAAAUCUCGUUGCCGUUGUCGUGUGGAUGUAGCCUAAGUCUUUUUUUUUUGGGGGGGGGAUCUGCUUUACAGGUUUGAAGAUCGUUCUGCUGCCGGCUCAUGCUUUACCGCAAUGGAGGGAAUCUUCAAUAAGCCAGAGUCUGAGAAAUGAGGCAUUUUAAAAACAAUGGACUUUCGAAAGCAAGUGAUGGGAUUUAUAAUAAUGGAGAUAAUGGAAGCGCAAGUGUUUUUAAAUAAUUGGGUAACAGUUUGUCGUCCUGCAGUUCUGUACUACAAUGCCCUACAAGAGUAGUCUGAGUAAAUCAAUCUUCAUCUGAUCUUUGCCCGUCUCUAACUUUAUCCAUUUGCAUUUGGUGUUAAAUAUGGGUCAGUGUUUUAUAUCAAAUUCUUGUACAUUUUAUAUUUUAUUUAUUUUAUUAAACAUUUGUGCAAGUGGUGAUGUAUGUCUAAAGUUGGAUUUUUUUUUUAAGUUCUGUAAUAAAAUUAUAAGCUUGGUA